GGGAGGCGGAGCGAGCAGGACCAAGGGGCGGGGUCACGUGCCGCCCGCCACCUGAGCGGAGAGCGCCGUCCAGCUGUGGAGGGUGGGAGCCCUUGCCGGCGGGUCCCCAGGGAGCGCUUGGGGCAGGUCAAAUCCGCUUGCCGGCAGCUGAAUGGAACUGAGUUCUGUCAAUCACUGGAGGGAACUGAACUCUGCUUAUAUCCUGAAUGAAUCUGGAAGUGGAUUCUGCCACAGAGCUUUCAAAUGUCCCUGGCUGCUUAUUGUGUCAUCUGUUGCAGAAGAAUAGGAACCUGUACUCCCCCAUCAAAAAGCCGCACAUACUGGAGAGAAAUCCGAAAUAUAAUAAAAUUUACUGGAUCACUUAUUUUAGGAGGUUCUUUAUUUCUUACAUAUGAAGUUCUGUCCCUGAAGAAGUCUUUGACAUUAGAUACUCAAGUGGUGGAAAGAGAAAAAAUGAAAUCAUACAUAUAUUUGCACACAGUUUCUUUAGACAAAAGAGAAAAUCAUGGGAUUGCCUGGCUUGCAAGAAAAGAACUUCACAGAGCAGUAAGAAAAGUAUUGGCAGCGUCAGCCAAGAUAUUACGGAGUCCAUUUGCUGACACUUUUAGCACAGUUGAUAUAGAAGAUCAUGAGUGUGCUAUGUGGCUGCUCUUGAGGAAGAGCAUGGCAGAUGACAGGACCUCUCGACUGCAGGCUGUGCAGGAGAUGUCCGAGGCCCACCACUGGCACGAUUAUCAGUAUAGAAUAAUCGCUCAAGCCUGUGACUCAAGGACUCUUAUUGGGCUGGCACGAAGUAAAGAGAGUGAUCUUCGCUUUUUUCUCCCACCACCUCCUUUACCAUCUUUAAAAGAAGAUUCUUCCAUUGAAGAAGAACUCAGACAGUUGCUGGCUUCUUUACCUCAAACAGAACUAGAUGAGUGUAUCCGGUAUUUUACAUCCUUGGCCCUUAGUGAAAGCAGCCAGAGUCUGGCUGCUCAGAAGGGCGGCUUAUGGUGUUUUGGAGGAAAUGGACUUCCUUAUGCUGAAAGUUUUGGAGAAGUUCCUUCAGCUACAGUGGAAAUGUUCUGUUUAGAAGCUAUAGUAAAACAUUCAGAGAUACCCACACAUUGUGAUAAAAUUGAAGCAAAUGGAGGCUUGCAACUGCUUCAGAGGCUGUACCAACUUCACAGGGACUGCCCUAAAGUGCAGAGAAAUAUAAUGCGGAUCAUUGGAAAUAUGGCUUUGAAUGAGCAUCUUUAUUCUACUAUUGUCCACUCAGGCUGGGUUUCCAUCAUGGCAGAAGCCUUAAAAUCUCGCCACAUUAUGGAGGCCUCACAUGCUGCCAGAACGCUGGCUAACCUAGACAGAGAAACCGUGCAAGAGAGAUACCAGGACGGUGUGUAUGUGCUUCACCCCCAGUACCGGACGAGUCAGCCCAUUAAAGCCGAUGUCCUUUUUAUUCAUGGCCUUAUGGGAGCAGCUUUCAAGACCUGGCGCCAGCAGGACAGUGAGCGGAGUCUGAUUGAAAAGGCUUUGGAGGAUGAAGACAGGUAUACCACGUGCUGGCCCAAGACGUGGUUAGCAAGAGACUGUCCUGCUCUCCGAAUUAUAUCUGUGGAGUAUGACACCACCCUCAGUGACUGGAGAGCCGGGUGCCCUACGGAAAGGUUAAUGUCUUUGCUGUGGCUUGGAGUUUUAAAAUUAGUACUCUCCUUCCAUGCUAUUUGUUUUCCCAGAAGGUGGCAGCUAGUAACAAAACAUACGAGAGGGCAUGGGGGUGACAACCUGAAACUUCCAUGUCGUGGAAGUCUUCUUGUCAAAAAGAUGCUGUUGGAAGCCUCUAAGGAGCCAGAGAUGAAUCCUGUUAUAAGCAAUACCAGAGGAAUAAUUUUUUACAGUGUCCCUCAUCAUGGAUCACAUUUGGCUGAAUAUUCUGUUAACAUCCGCUAUCUUCUCUUUCCCUCUUUGGAAGUCAAAGAACUCAGCAAGGAUUCUCCUGCACUUAAAACACUACAGGAUGACUUUCUGGAGUUUGCUAAGGACAAAAACUUCCAGGUGCUGAGUUUUGUAGAAACACAACCAACCUAUAUUGGUAGUAUGAUUAAACUCCAUGUGGUGCCCGUGGAAUCAGCAGAUUUAGGCAUUGGAGAGCUAAUUCCUGUGGAUGUUAACCAUUUGAACAUUUGUAAGCCAAAGAGAAAGGAUGCCUUUUUGUACCAACGCACUUUACAGUUCAUUCGUGAAACUUUAGCCAAAGACCUUGAAAACUAACAGCUGUCAUGCUCCAUUUUUCAUAUGAACACAGUUCAAGAAACCUGCUUUUCUCUCUUUGUAAGCUCUAAGCAAUCAUGCACAUAUAGUCAUGGUGGCAUCAGCAUGGUCCGGAGUGGGGUGUGGACAGCAGAAUGCAGCUAAGCACUGGAAAGCUCCACACAGAAGUGACACUCAUAGGAGGAGCAGCAAGGUUGGGUUCCUCUGACUUAAAGCCAUUUUGUGCCACUCUGUGGGUCACAGUGCUGGGCCUAGUGACUGGGAACAACACUGCUGUGGCUGGAGAGGGCUGUUUCAUCUGUAACUGUCCUGGCACACUUAGGAGCCCUGGCAAGUUCUGAAGGAAGAGCCACCAGCAGCUCAACUUACUAUAAAAAUGCUAUUAGGGGAGUAUCUAAAGUGGACAGAAGACUGAAGUAGAACAUGACUUCUUGUUCUGGAUAUCCCUGUGCUAUAAAUUUUUAUUUUAAACUUUUAGUUUUUAACUUCCAGUUAAAUCUUGUCUAACAUAUUAUCAUUGGUGUUAACUUCAUUAGGCCUCUUGUCAUGCAUGGUCAGUUCCUUGUUUCUAUUUUCAUAUUGCUGAGAAGAAAAAAAUCCUUUUAAUAAAAAUUCUAGGUUAUAAUAAUUCUUUCCAGGCUGUAGCAACCUAUGCUUGUAAUGUGUCCCAGGCAAGGAUAAAGUGGCUAAUCCAUUACUGAUCAGAGAUAAAACUAUUCUAAGCCAUUAUAUAAAUAGCACUCAGUGUCAAGAUUCUCAGGUGUUCUUUGGCUAAAUAAAGUAUACUUUUCUUGUUCACUCAGAAUAGUAUUAAUUGACCUCCAGCCCAUGAGAGAGAGUCAUGUGGACUUUUUUUCCUUUUGAAUGACAGCAUUAUUAAAAUAUAAUUCACACCCUUAAAAUUUAGUCUUUUGAAAUGUACAAUUCAUUGGUUGUUAGUAUAUUUGGAGUUGUGCAUCCAACUAUCUUAAUUUCAGAACAUCUCUGUAUCCUAAAAAGAACCUCCUUCAUCAGCAGUCAUUUCCCACCACCUGUCACCAGUCCCUGGUAAACAUUAAUCUACUUUCUAUCUCUCUGGAUUUGCUUAUUCUGGUUAUUUUACAUAAAUACAGUCAUAAUGUUUUCAAGGUUUAUAUGUUAUAUAGCCUGUCAGUAUUCCAUUUUUUUGACUAAAUAUCUGUAUGAUAUGCCACAUUUGUCCAUUUAUCAGUUGAUAGAUGUCUAGGUUCUAUCCAUUUUCCCCCCUUUUUUGGCUCUUUUGAAUAGUGCUGCUAUGAUCCUUUAUGUACAAAGUUCAAGUAUGUAAUAGGAGUGGAAUUGCUGGUCAAAUGGUAAGCCUGAGCUGAACAUUUUGAAGAUUAUGGACUUGUACAGGGUGGGAUCAUCAGGCCGAAGAUGAAGCCCAGCAUCUGAGGUAAGCUGAGGUCAGCACUAAGUCCUGUCAACAUCUCAUUGUUUAGUUAUAUAACAACACAAUGAAUGGCUUAUCCACUUGUCGUAGUAUAUAGAUAGAGUGAAUAUGACCAUAGCCAACAACAAUAAU